AUGACCGAGGAGAAGCCAGCACCAGCCGCGAUGGACGUUGAACGGGAUGUGGUGAAGAAGGUCGAUCCGACGUUAGAAAAACAUGCGCAUGACGCAGAUGAGGCGAUGAAGGUGUUUGAGGAACUCCAAGGCGAGAGCAUCACCCUGGACGAGGAAACGAACAAAAGACUGCUGAGAAUUAUUGACUGGCAUAUGAUGCCGAUUAUGUGUUUUGUGUAUGGGUUGAAUUAUCUUGACAAAACUACCUUGUCUUAUGCGAGUGUGAUGGGAAUCAAGAAGGAUAUAAAGCUGGAAGGAGAUGAUUUUCAAUGGCUGGGGAGUUUAUUCUACUUCGGCUAUCUGGCAUGGGAAUAUCCAACCAAUCGACUUCUCCAACUAUUACCCUUAGGAAAAUACUCUGCGACUUGCAUCAUUAUUUGGGGCGCAAUCUUAUGUUGUUUUGCCGCUGUCAACAACUUUUCAGGCGCCAUUGCCAUAAGAUUCUUCCUUGGUGUAUUUGAGGCCUCUGUUACUCCAGGCUUCGCCCUCUUGACCUCUCAAUGGUAUACCAAAGCCGAACAGAGCAGUCGAGUCAAUAUCUGGUUCAGUUUUAAUGGUUGGGGCCAGAUCGUCGGCGGCUUGGUGGCAUACGGCAUUGCAGUGGGAACCAGGAAAAAUGGCUCGGCCAUUGAACCAUGGAAGAUUGUGUUCCUGGUGACAGGCCUGCUCACGAUUACCCUUGGAGUGAUCUUCUUAUGGGUUGUCCCUGACAGCCAGCUGAAUGCACGAUGGUUGAAGAAAGAGGAUCGCAUUCUCGCCGUUGCCCGUGUCAGAGUCAACCAACAGGGUAUUGGAAACAAGCAUUUCAAGCUGUACCAGGUGAAGGAGGCGCUGCUGGAUCCAAUGACCUGGGCCUUCUUCUUAUACGCACUCAUUGCGGACAUUCCCAACGGUGGGAUCACCAACUUUUUCAACCAACUGAUCACCAGCUUCGGCUAUACCGCCGAGGAGAGUCUAUUGUACGGUACUCCCGGCGGCGCAGUCGAAGUGGUAGCGCUCAUUGCGAACGGAUAUCUGGGUCAAAUCACGGGGCAGCGUAUUCUCUACAGCACAGGCGGCCUGGUUACCUCGAUCGUUGGGAUGGUCCUCAUCGUCGCCCUCCCACUAUCGAACAAUGUCGGCCGGCUGAUCGGUUACUACAUGACCCAAGCGAGCCCGACACCUUUCGUGGCACUCCUAUCCCUAAUCUCCUCCAACGUCGCAGGCUACACGAAAAAGACGACAGUGGCAGCGGUGUACUUGAUUGGCUACUGUGCUGGAAAUAUCAUUGGCCCGCAAGUCUUUCGCCCCAAGGACGCUCCCCGCUACGUACCCGCCGAGAUCACGAUCAUCGUCUGCUGGGGAGUGUGUCUGCUUCUACUUCUCGUCAUUUGGUGGUGGUACCGCCGGGAGAACCAGAGAAAGGCUCUUAUCCGGGCGUCGCCGGACUACGUGAGCUUGGAGGAUCAAGCGUUUCUUGAUCUGACGGAUAGAGAAAACCAUGAUUUUGUUUACGCGUUGUAG